AUGUCGGUACCUAUGCAGAAGGACCAAGCUACGUGUCUUCAUACUGGUGACUAUGUCGACUCCUACCGCAAGCUGUCGUUCAAGGCCCUGGCGUCCCUGAGCUGGAUAACUCAGCACUGCCAGGACGUCCCUUGGACGCUGCACACAGACGAUGACGUCUUCAUCGACGUCUUCCUAAUGCUCGAGUACCUCCAUGAGGAGAAGCCAGAGUGUUUUUUCUGCAACGUCAUGUGGAGUCAGGUGAUGCGAACGGGGAAGUGGGCCGUCGCUCGAGAGGAGUUUCCUAGCGACGAGUACCCUGCCUUUUGCAGCGGCCAUGUCUGGGUCUUGCCCACGCCGCUGCUGCCUCGCCUGCUGGAAGCUUCCAAGUCUGCACCUUUCUUGUGGGUGGACGAUGUGUACGUCACUGGCGUACUGGCCCAGUAUGCCGGCAUUAAACAUCUCGGCAUUGGUUCUGAAUCCCGGCACAUUCGGCCCUCCGACGUGGGCCUCGUGAUGGCCUGGCACAGCUUAGAGGACGACAGGAAGAAAUGGUGGUCAAUACUUACUCGAAUCUAUAAGAAGACCUUACUGUGAUCCAAAGGCCAAGUAUCGUAAUUGUUACCCAGUGAUCAUUAGUUUCUAACUACAGUACUCUUCUAAAUCUUCUUAAUGAAGAAGGGUCUCUGCGAUAGUGUACCUUCCACUGGCUUGAAAUCAUCAGUCCCCUAGCAUCCCUCAAGAGGAAUCCUAUUCACAGGCUUCUUUAUACCCUCUGGAUGGGAUGCCAGGACGUAUAACACCUGUCAUAUUUUUGAGGGACCGUCUACAUCUGGUCUAUUAUUGGUUCCGUAAGUCCUUCCAUGACUUAUUAACAAAGAAGAGUAACCAAGACAGCAAUUCAGAUUAAUAUAAGCUUCGCUGUGGCAGAAUCUACGACCUUUAUCGAUGUGCUUGGACCUGACCAUUCUCCAGCUGAAGACCUUGAGUGAUAAAAUGCUCUCAACCAAUGGUUUCCAAUCCUUGUACACUGUUAAAACUCCGACACAUCCGCGACCCCGACAUCAUCUUCUGGUUAAGAGAAAGAAAACUAUAUUCAGAUUGCAAUGUAACAUUCCUCGAAGACAUAUUUUCAGUGUAUUCUUCAUAUGAACAAGGACGAAUACCUGGUAAAUUGGCCUACAGUAUACUUCCCCCAGGCUUCGCGAACCCUUGGUUGCCACCCACUGGUUGG